AUGCCGUAUUAUGCCGUAGCUAAAGGUAUAAAGCCUGGCAUCUAUACAAGCUGGAAUGUAUGUAAACAGAAUGUCAGUGGUUAUAAAGGAGCAGUUUUCAAGAAAUUUGUGUCUGUUAAGCAGGCCCAGCAGUUCAUUGAAAGCAAUUCAUCUUCGACACAGUCAUCGCAAACUUCAGGAUCCCAAUAUGGGCCAAAACCAUCCAAUUUGUCCAAUGUUGCCAAAACCGUACAAUCCAGUAGUACCAGAAGCGCAAUUCAGAACGCAAAGCUCGAAUAUCACAAAUCUGUGCCUAGUUUGAAGGUUACGCUUGGAGCAGAGUUUCACAGUCGAACUGGAAAGUUUACUAGCCUGAGCAAUAGAUUAGAGACUCCAGAUAUAAAGAUUCAAAGCAUCUAUGUUGAUGGAGCUUCACGAGGUAAUGGGAAGAUCAGAAUGCCUAUAUCAGGAUACGGUGUCUUCUACAGUGCCAGUGAUAAGAGGAAUGGUGCUAUAUCGCUCAACCAAAUCGAUGAUGUACACGUCAAUAAGCCAACAAAUCAAAGAGCAGAGUUAUUUGCUAUUAAACAUGCGUUAAUUGAUAUUGCUAAUGAGAUUGUUGAGUGUAAUGAUAAGGUGACCACGAAGUAUGAGAUUUAUUCUGAUUCCCAGUACGCUCAAUCCUGUAUUACCAAGUGGUGUGAUGAUUGGAUGAAAAACAAUUGGAAAACUUCACAGGGAAAGCCCGUGAGUAACAAGGACAUUAUAUCCAGCGUUAUACCUAUUCUAAACUAUAUUAACCAGUAUUAUAACAAGCAUCAUUUUGGGGACUUGCAGUUUUUCCAUGUUAGAGGUCACAAAGGUGAUUAUGGUAAUGAAAUGGCAGAUAGAUUAGCCAAUAUUGGUGCUGAUGACAUGGAGAAGGAAAUCAAUGCCGAAUAA